UUACUUACUGGGGCACGCGAAUCUGGAGUUCAAAAUGAAGCAGCCACUCCGAUGUCUGUGUAUAUGUCUAGAGUAAACAAAGGGGAACUAACUGAAGAUGAGUACCAGAAGACAAUAGUUGCCUCCCUUGAUAGACUAAAUGCUCAACUCUUGGAUUACAAACCUCCAACAAAAUCUAAUGCUUUUAUUGAAAAGAUCUUUGGUCAACAAAAAUUUUCUGCACCAGAAGGACUGUACUUAUAUGGAAGUGUUGGUUGUGGUAAAACAAUGUUGAUGGAUUUGUUUCAUGAUCAGUGCCCAGUGGAGAAGAAACAGCGGGUCCAUUUUCACAAGUUCAUGUUAGAAGUUCAUCAAAAAAUUCACAACUGGAAACAAUCUUUGCCACGGGAAGUGAACGUAAAGAAGUUGCACUCGUAUGACCCCAUACCACCAGUUGCUGAGAGUAUUAGUGAUAAUACAUGGCUUCUAUGCUUUGAUGAAUUUCAGGUUACAGAUAUAGCAGAUGCAAUGAUACUAAAGAGACUGUUUACAGAGCUGUUGAACAAUGGUGUUGUUGUUGUAGCAACCUCAAAUAGAGCACCCGAUGAUUUGUAUAAAAAUGGUUUACAGAGAGCAAAUUUUGUGCCAUUUAUAGGGAUUUUAAAGAAAAAUUGUGAGGUACUAUGUCUAGAUUCAGGGAUAGAUUAUAGAAUGACUGCUCUUCCGGCAGAGGGAAAACUCUAUUAUUUAACAAGUAAUACCAAAUGUGAUGAGCUAGUGGAUGAGGUGUUUGAAGAACUUAUAGCUGAUGAGGAUGACAUGGUGCAUUCAAAAACAUUAGAUGUAUUAGGGAGGGAUCUUCUCCUGCCUAAGACUUGCGGUAGAGUUUUAGAUACAACUUUUAGUCACUUGUGUUGUCAGGCACUAGGGGCUAUAGACUAUCUGGAAAUUAGUCAAAACUUUGAUUCUGUGAUUAUACGCAAUAUACCCAAGAUGACCUUGAAACAAAAAUCAGAGGCCAAGCGGUUUAUAGUGAUGAUAGAUACAUUUUAUGAUAACAAGGUAAGAGUUGUAUGUUCAGCAGAAUCACUACCGCAGGACUUAUUCACUAAAGGUACACAGACAUUGAGAGAGGAAGACAGGAAUAGAAUGCUAAUGGAUGAUCUAGGAUUAAAGGCGGAUUCGGAGUCAUCUGAAGCUAGCAUAUUCACGGGAGAGGAGGAGUUGUUUGCGUUUGAGAGGACAGUGUCCCGACUAACUGAGAUGCAGACGGAAAAUUACUGGAAUUGCAGACAGCCGUACUUGGACUCUUGAUGAUAGCUAAUUAUUAGGAAAAUGUUAUUUUAGAUGACCAUAAUAGAACCAUUUUAACCAAGUGAUAGCUACAUAGUAAUGAUGUAAAAAAACUGACCAAGAACUUGUAACUAAUGACUGUGUUACAAUCAGUUUUAAUAGAAUUCUUUUUGGAAGGAUUUUGGAUUAGGCCAAAAAUUGUUUUUUUUAUAUUAAAUUUAUUUUUACCAUCAAACUAGUCUUUAUUUACAGCAUGAAAGAAAAUUUGGCAUUAAUUUUAAUUGAUUAAUGGUUUGUUAUAGAAAUUUGACCCACCUCUCAAAAAAUUUACCAUCUGAACAAUUGCUCUUAAUUCAACAUUAAAUUUUCACGCAACAUGAUAAAAUGCCACAUAUUUUCACGAGCCAGGAUAGAUAGUGAAAAUGUGUGGCAUUUUAUCAUGUUGCGUGAAAAUAUAUAUCACAUUUCUCUAAAAACGAAAAUAAAACCUUUUUUAUUUAAUUUCAAUAUCAAAGAAAAAUGGUAACGAAUCCCCUUGCUUGCUACGCAACUGCAGUAAUACAUUUAUAGAUGCGUCUUGUUUUCCUGUUUUUGCACGCACUGUUUGGCGUUACAUUGUGACAUCACAUAAACAACUCUUUAAAUGUCUGUACAGCGUUACUGACUGAAUAAAAUAUAUUGGUGUCUGGAUUUAUUUUUUAAGUGAGACCAUUCUCUAUCAUUCUAGAUAGUUUUCAAAACAAAAUUCAACAAAAAGCUUUUUUUUAUCAGACUUUUUAAAGAAAAUGGCGAAAAAAAAUCCCUUAAAGUAAAUAUGAGUUUUGACUCCGCCCACUUCCAUAUUUAUAUUUCAUAUUUAUUUUUUACAAAUAUGAAAUAUAUUUGACUCAUAUAGCACCAUAUUUCAUGGGUAAAUUUAAAUAUAAUUGGAUAUUUUCCAUAUGGAAAGUGUGAAACUUACCAGAAACAUACAUUGUUCGGCAUUAUGCAAAACAAUACCAUAAUAAUUAUUUUAUUUUACAACCCCUCACUAUUUUUGUAAAGGCCAAUGGGAGUUAUUCUUACUGUUAAUUCAAGUGAACCAAAUUAUGUACUGUUACAAAGGUUACUACUUUUCUUUACAGUUAAAAUCUGAAAAAUUAAAACCUAAAGAAGCAGUGUCCCAAUGACGUAUUUGUUAGUUUUGAUAUAAUUCAUAACACAUAGGUUUGCAAGUAACAACAAAAAUAUCUUCCUCUUAAAAAAUACUGUUACCUCCAGCUGAUGCAGUGGUUGCCGAGGGUAUAGUUUUUUCCCCGGGAUGAUAUUCUUACAGUUACUGAAAAAACCUUUGUGUUAUUUAUAUAAUAUUGGUUUAUAGAAACAACACAUCUCUGUCCUCAGGUACUGAAUUAUGGCAGUGAUGUUUUUGCCACUUGUUAAAUGUUGUUACUUAUGAACAAACUUUUUAAACUUUUAUUUUAUCCAAUGAAUAUAAAUGUACAUAUAUAAGAUGGAAUACGAACAAAUCAUCAUUGUUAUAUAUAUCAGGGUGUCUUUUAUUUUAAAUUAUUUUGUUAGUUUAAUUUGAAUUUAUUUUGUUGUUUUAAAAAGAAAACGUUUUUUUCAGUUGUCAAUGAUAAAAUGUAUUAAUGUGUUGUUUUUUUUUUAGCUCACCUGUCACAAAGUGACAGGGUGAGCUUUUGUGAUCGCUUUUCGUCCGGCGUCCGUCCGGCGUCCAUAAAACUUUUACUUUAAAUGACAUCUCCUCAUAAACCACUAAGCCAAUUUCAUCCAAACUUCACAGGAAUGUUCCUUUGGUGGUUACCUUUGAAAAUUGUUCAAAGAAUUUAAUUCCAUGCAGAACUCUGGUUGCCAUGGCAACCAAAAGAUAUGGCAACCAAAAGAAAAAACUUUAAAAAUCUUCUUCUAGAAAACCCAAAGAGCUAGAGCUUAGAUAUUUGGCAUGAAACAUCUUCUAGUGAGUGUCUACCAAGUUUGUUCAAAUUAAAGCCCUGGGGUCAAAAUUGGCCCCGCCACAGGGGGUCAUUGAUUUUCCCUAUAUGCAUAUUGUAAAAACUUAAAAAAUCCUUUUUGAAAAAACUCAAAUAGCUAGAGUUUAGAUAUUAAGCACGAAGCAUCUUCUAGUGAGUGUCUACAAAGUUUGUUCAAAUAAAAGCCCUGGGGGACUUUGAUUUUCCUUAUAUGUGUAUAGCAAAAACUUAAAAAUCUUCUUUGAAAAAACCCGAAUAGGUAGAGUUUAGAUAUUAAGCAUGAGACGAUUUAUAGUAAGUGUCUACAAAGAUUGUUCAAAUAAAAGCCCUUGGGUCAAAGCUGGUCCAGCCCUAGGUGUGUCAUUGUUUUUAACUAUAUGUGUAAAGAAAAAACUUGAAAAAAUCUUCUUUUAAAAAACCCAUGGAGCUAGACCUUAGAUGUUAAGCAUGAAACAUAUUCUAAUGGGUGUCUACCAAGUUUGUUCAAAUAAAAGCCCUGGGGUUUAAACUUGCCCCGUUCCUGGGGCCUAUAUACAGGUGAGCGACUUCAGGGCCAUCAUGGCCCUCUUGUUAACAUAUUGUUCAAGUAUAUUUUUAAUUUACUUUCAAAAGAAUCAAGAAUUACAAGCACAUAUGUUCAAUUGUGCAAGCUGUCAUAGUUGUAUUGUCUCAAAUAAAUUAGUUACAGUGAAAUAUGUCCUGUUAUGUGAUAAAAAUGUUCUAGAAAUAGGUGUUAUAAGAAGGCGAGAAUAAUGUGAUUAUGGGAUAUUUGUUGAUUUUCACUGAUUUGUUAGAGUUUGUAAUCUUAAAUGCAAUAUGAAGGAAGCUGCUAAAGCAUGUUGAAGGUUGUGAAGAAACCAUAUGAGCUGUGUCAUGACAAAACCAACAUAUUGGGUUUACAACCAGCAUGGAUCCAGACCAGCCUGCGCAUCCGCGCAGUCUGAUCAGGAUCCAUGCUGUUCCCUAUCAGUUUCUCUACUUGUUAAAGGGUUUGUAAGCGAACAGCAUGUAUCCUGAUCAGACUGUGCAGAUGCGCAGGCUGGUCUGGAUCCAUGCUUGGUGCAAACGCACUAUUGGUUUUGUCGUGAUGCGGCUCAUAUGCUAAUAUUUUUCCUUUUGGUGGCAGUAUAAGAAAAAAAAUGAGCAUAUCAAAACUUACUCUCAAUGAUAUAAGCUAUAUUUUUGAUAAGAAACUGUUAUUAAAUCAUAAAUGAUAAGCUGGUUUAUAUAUGGCAAAUUCAGGUAAUCUGGUUUAUCUAUUGCUAAUCUUGCUAAAAUAAGAUUAUUGUAAACAUAAGACUUAGCGUGAAGUUAAACAAUGUCUCAAGGGAGACUAUUAAUGAAUAUACAAGUAUAUGAAGAAUUGGAUACAGUUGUCUCCCUUUAAAUGAGAUGUAAUGAGAUAGCCAUGUAUAGUUUUACCCAUUAUUGUGUAUAUAGUAAUGAUAUACUCAAAGAAAUCUCCACCUUGCUUUCCUAGACUAUACACAGGGUAGGGUUUUAAGGAAAGUGUUGUGUUUGCUUUAUUUCUUAUGUAUAUGUUACAACAUUUUGAUAUUGUUUGAUUUUAUUGACUUGCUGAUUAUGAAUACAUUAUAGCACUCAUUUAAGUCAUCAAUACCAUUUCACUUCUGCCUGUAUAAUUUAAUAGAAUUAAUAUGGCACAUAUAAUGUUUUGAAAACUUACACUAGCUGACAGUAUAAAGUCGUCACAUCAGCAACAACACAGUCAGUUAAGUAAUUGCCUAAUAUAAGUGUUGUGUGCUGUUUGGUCUCUACUAUUGUCUAUCUCUUCUCUUCUUAUAUUUUUUAAGUUUAUUUUAAUGAACAUGCAAAUAUGUAGACUCAGAGAUGAAGCAACUCGGAGCAACAGCAAUGUUUUAACUGAAAUUAUAUUGUUUUAUACAGAAUUGAAUUUACAUUUAUUUAUUUGAAAGAAUAGAUAAUAUAAUUAUGUAACAUUAAUUUGUGUUUUGUAUGUGUAAUAUUUGGCUGAUGUUGAACCUCAAUAAUGCUCUAUGUAUUGGUAAUGUACUUCUGAGGAUAGUAGUUAGGGUAAUUACACACAAAUUGAGACGCGUCGUGACAAAACCAACAUAGUGCAUUUGCGACCAGCAUGGAUCCAGACCAGCCUGCGCAUCAGCACAGUCUGAUCAGGAUCCAUGCUGUUUGCUAUCAGUUUCUCUUCUUGUAAUAGAGUUGGUAAGCGAACAGCAUGGAUCCUGAUCAGACUGCGUGAAUGCGCAGGCUGGUCUGGAUCCAUGCUGGUCGCAAAUGCACUAUGUUGGUUUUGUCAUGGCGCAUCUCAAUUAUUUUACUUCCAGUCAUUAUUAUUUAUCACAUGUUAUUUUUUUGGUUGUUGAUUAUAAACUAUUGAAUAUGUUGCCAUCUGCACAAAACCAUGGCCAGUUUUUAUGAAACAGGUUAAAGUUCAAGAUGUGCCAUAAAAAUAUUGUUAUUGAUAUGUUUCCUUUAAUUGCCUUUCUUAAUACAAGUUUAUCAUUUUGUGGUAGAAAUUAUAGAAAGAUGGUGCUGUAACACAAAUGAACCGUCAUUUUUUUCCUUAACUGAUAAAGAUAUUGUAACCAAGAAAUUUGACCAGAGGGGUGUGUUUCAACACAGCUGUUAAUUGGUGGCAACUGUUUUAUAGCAGGACAACUUCAUUAUAGAAACUGUAGGGUAUAAGUUGUGUCUGUUGAGGUUUGGGAGUGCUGGGCUGAACCCUAGAAAUAUCAUAAUCUUAGGCAGUGGUCAUUUACCGAUUGUUUAAACAAAAACAACCAAUAAUAUAGUAAAUAAACUGAUUCUUCUUUCAUGGAAAAUAGAUUUACAUGCUGCUGAUUUUUCACUUUGGUAUUUUCACAUAUACAAAAUAUAAAAUGUUGUGUUAUAGAUAUAAUAAGCUAUGCAAUAAACUGAUCAAAUUUACAUGAAUAUAUUUGUUUGCGUAUUGAACAAUUUUACUUUUACAUUAUUUUAUGUGUAUAAUUUAAAAACAAGUGUUAUAAUGCUUUACACCAAUUAACAGGGCAAAAUUUUCAAACUUAAGAAAAGUUUUCCAUAACAUUGUUAAUCUUUGUUAGAUUAGAAAAAAAAAAGAAUUUUAUUUCAAUAAUUUCUCUGAUAUGUUCAUUGUAGUCUCUGCAGUGGCCUUCUGUAGAGCAAUAACAUCUUUGCAACAAAUGAAUCAAAUUUUGCCCCUUGCAUCAGAAUUGCAGCUCACGUUUAACUUUAACCCUGUGUGAUUGUAAGAGGCUACUAGAUUGGUUCAAAUUACUGGAGUCUAUACAUCUCUAAGCUCCAGCUGGUGAGGUGGUUUUGACCCCUGGUGUUGCUUAAAGUUUGUAACACCGAGGCUAGACAAAAUCAUUUUUCCUGUUUCUGUACCAUAUGACCUAAACAGCGUUAGUGCGCCGUUAAACAUAAAGAAAGAAAAAAAUCAAAUCUUCUCAAACUAACAUUUAACUAUAGCAACACCUCAACAACAACCAAAAUGUUUACUUCCCACGAGUGUAGUUCUGUAGAGGUUGUACUUUAUAAAGGUUGACCUUCAAUGCCAAAAUUUUCAAAAUUCAGGAAAGUUUUCAGUAACAUUGUUAUUUUGUAACAGAUGAGGGAACAUAAAAACUGAUCUUGUUCAUUUCUAUACGUUUGUAGUAUAAUUUUAAGCUAUACGUUUGUAGUAUAAUUUUAAGAAAUUAUAGAUGUUUCAAUUAAAAUUAUUAUAUAUAUCUUUUCUUUUGUCAUUUAUAAUUAUCAAGAAUAGAAAGUAAUUUUAUCAUUUUUGAAAAUAUAAACCAGAAUUCAAAGAAUUAGACAGAUAUAAAAAAAAACAGAAAUGUUUGAUUAUUUUUAUUUUUAACUCUCUUUGUUUUCUGUGUGAUACUGAAAUCACAGUUCAUUGUUGAAUGUUAUAAAAAUAUUUUGUUAAGUGAUGAUAGUGGUCAAGUAAACAUAAAAAUCCACCUCAUUUA